AUGAUAAAUUUAAAAUCAUUGGAAAAAAUUAAAAAAUGUGUUGUACCAUUAAAAAGUAGAAGUUUAAUUAAAGUGGUUGGACCUGAUGCAUUAAAGCAUUUACAAGGUUUAACAACAAAUAAUUUGAAUAGAUUAAAGGAUAAUCAAUCAACAAAUACAUCAAUUUAUAAUGGUUUCCUUCAAGGAAAUGGUAGACUAUUAUUUGAUUCAAUUAUAUCACUUGAUAGAGAACAUCAUAAUGGCAACCCAAAACCAAUUUCAAUGGCACCAGGUAGUUCAGACAACAGUGGAUUAGAUUCGUUCAUUGUCGAUAUUGAUAGUUCAAUUUUGGAAGAAGCAAUGGCCCAUUUGAAACAAUAUAAACUUAGAAAUAAAAUUGAUAUCAUUGAUGUCACUGAAAAUUUUAAUGUCUAUUCAAUCUUGGAUAAAACUUAUAAGACAGUUAGAGAUGACUCAUUAUUUGCUCAAUUAGAGAAAGAUCAAUGUUCUGUCAUGAUGGAUCCAAGACAUCAAAUCAUGGGUGUUAGAUUAUUAGUACCAAAUAAUAAACAAUUAGUUGUUGAAGAAAGAUUAUCAAAAUAUGAAAGUAAAGAUGAAACAAUUUAUAAUUUAUUUAGACUAAGCCAAGGUAUACCACAAGGUGUUAAAGAAUAUCAAUGGGGAAAUAUAAUUCCAUUGGAAUAUAAUUUCGAUCUUUUAAAUGGUGUCGAUUUUCAUAAGGGAUGUUAUUUAGGCCAAGAAUUAACCUCAAGAACACAUUUCACAGGUUUAAUUAGAAAGAGAAUUUUCCCAGUUGUAAUGAGUGUUAAAGAUGUUGAAAGUGCUAGUGUAAUGGAUGAAGCAAUCAUCGACCCAACAAAACCACCAAAAGAAUCAUUACUCUUCCCAAAACGUAUUCUAAAUGCAUUAAAUCUUGAGCAUCCACCAUCAGACUCUGCAUUAAUUGUUAAAAAUAUCUCACCAAAACAUAAUCAACAACAAUCAUCAGAUGAACCUGUUAAAGUUGGUACUGAUAGUGAAAUUAAAACAGUUUCAAGAUCAACCGAUAAAUUCAUUACCGGUAUUCAUGGUGUUGGUUUGGCAAUGUUAAAAGUUGAAAACAUUGAUAUCUUCCAAUUAGAUAAUACUGUUGUUCAUGAUAAAUCAAAUAAAGAAUUAACAGUUUUACCACCUUGUUGGAUUAGUAAAUUAACAAGUUUACAAAUGACACCACAACAAGUUAGUUAA